UGACAAGUAGCAGUUAUUCCAAAACACGCGGCAGACACCUUGUAUGGGUCCGAUGAAUCGUGCGAAUUCUGCGCUCUGAUGGCGACUUUGCACUGGCUCAUCUUCGUCACUUCUACGUUCUCCUUCGCAGCAAGUUCCCUGAGAUGUCUGUCUAGCGAGUGUACAUCCCCUGGUGGACCAUGCCCCCCACCAACCAUGGUCACGUGCACUGCUAGUAAUCCCAGCAUUCCCAUGGCUCCCGAUCGAUGCACAGUGGCGAUCGCUUCUCUGGAGCCUCAGCCUGGUACAGUCAUGGAGCACGUGACACGAGGCUGUGCUUAUUCUUUCUACUGCGCAAGCGCGAAGUUUAGGAAUACCACGUGCGACAAGCUGAAUACAUAUUUUCAGGGAAUAGUGACAUCAUGUGACGUAGGGUGUUGUCAUGGCGACAUGUGUAAUAAUGGGACCCUGCCAAAGCGUGACUCGAUAUGGCCUACAGGCUCAGAUCUGUCCUGUUACUCAUGCUCCAGUAGGGAUGAGCCGGCGAGCUGCGAGAAUCCUGUCACGAGAUCAUGUGGCGUCGAUGCCAAGACGAACACGACUCAUGACCGAUGCGUUACCGCCAUAAUAAGCGAGGUCGAGGACGGCGCACGGCGAGGCUACCAAGUCAGGGACUGCGGUAAUGCUCUGUCCUGUGCCGGCAACUUAGUCUGCUCAACAGUAAACAAGACACGCAAAGUCACCGGAUGUGACGUAAGCUGUUGCUAUGGGGAAAACUGUAAUAACGGAAAUGACGUGGUGACGACUAUAGGUGGCGCUACCGUUGUGUCUUUGACAUGUGAUCCGUCGUCGAUGGCAUUUAGUAAUAGCGGCAAUCACUUGAGAAUGGUGUUUUCCCGUACUCUUGUGGUUCUGGUAGCUGUGGUCGCAUUGUUCGCUGAUCCAGGCUCUAGCUCAAUAUGCCGCAGCCAAGACGUUUUUCAGCUACAUAAUCCUCAAAUAAGGGGGAAUAACCUCGAGGGAACAUUUGACCUAAAGAUGGAUCUUCCAUCCGGCGUCGCCUUUUCCGUCAGCGCUCAAGCAACUGCAGCCCUGUCCAUUGGGCUCCCAUUGACAUACAGCAUCCCCAAGACAGAACACACUUGUGAGGGUUUGAUGGCAGAUGGAUGGAUCGAUUCUUGUCCGGUUAAAAAGGGUUUAUCUAAACCAUUCCUGAUGCCAUUACCACAUGAUUUGCAAAAUUACAGGGACGGGAUCAAAGAGGUUGAUGUCAGCUUCACAAUCACCAUCAAUGGACAGGCUGCAGCGAUAUGCUCCUUUAAACUUGACAAAUUUUGAAUAACAUGAUUUCCAGGACAUAAUGUAAACCUGGUUCAUAGAUUAAAGUAACAGGAUAUAAAA